ACAAGUGUCACACAACAGUGACAGUGAACCUCAAGCUGAUGCUGAAGAAACCAGCACACCUGGAUCCUCCAGUGAGGAAUGGGUGGCCCCACUCCCAGAGCGCAGGAAAGGAAAAAGCAAACGUAAAUCCAAUAAAGGCAAAAAAGACACAAGUAAUGAAGAUUCUGAGACUGAGGUGUCUCGUGCUCCACGAUUCUCAAAAGACGAGAAUAAUGUCCUUGUUACUCUAGUCAUAGAACAUUAUGACCGGCUGAUGGGUAUUAAUGCAGCCGCAACAACACUCCGAAGGAAAAAUAAAAUCUGGACUGAUAUAGCACAGAGAGUUAGUGCUGAGGGGGUGAGAAAGCGUUCCAUCGAAAAUUGCAAAAAGAGGUGGCGAGACUGCAAAAAAAUAACAAAGGAUAAAAUGGCUCGCAUAGCCAGACACGCAGAGGGAACCGGGGGAGGUAGUAGUAUUGAUGUGUCCUUUAAUGUGUGGGAAGAAAAACUCUGCAUUCAUUUUUCGCCUGUACUGGUAGAAGGAGUCACGGGUGGCGUGGACACAGCUGUGCCUUCAACUUUUUCAGUUUCCGCUACCACUACUGCAACUGAGACACAAAGGUCAGGCACUACUAGAGAGACGUCUAAACGAAGUGGGGAGGUGACCAAAUCAGGCACAUGUAUUUGGAAAAAAAAAAGAGUUGACCUUCGAAGCACUGUAGCGCCUCGCAAAGAUGUUGGUGUUGCUAGGGCAAUACGACAACCUGUGGCGGUGACCCCAGUCUUAAGAAUACCUGCUGCACCUCUUACACCGGCACCAGCAACUGCAUCCGCACCACUGGCCUCUGGAACUCUAACCAAAGCAUAGAGGAAAACUACAAGCCCAUCAGAUCUCAUGCUCAGGACGGACAACUCUCAAAUGACCAUGGCUGAAUCAACUGGAGAAGAAGCAAUAGAACAGCUAUCCCAGACAGCACUCCCAUCCCAACCUGCAGCUCGGGAACAACUAAUUCACAAAGGAACUGAAUUUAUAGAGUCCACUCCAGUGGCAUCAGGAACAAGUUCCCAAAUUUCUGAAGAACAAGGCCAAGCAGACCGUCCUACCACUCCCUUUGACAACCUUGCUGAUGUUGCCAGAUCCAUGGACGGCAAGCAAGAAAUCCAUAGGAGAAAAAUGGAGGGGAGCAUGGUUUUUCUGGCUCAGUGCGUGGACCGUUUGGCAGACAACCUUGAGGAGGAUACUAGAGAGCGAAGAGCGCGUGAUGCUAGAAAUGAAACUCAGCACUCCCAAAUUAUUGAUGGUAUAAACAACAUCAAUGCUAAUCUCCACCAAAUUAAUGUAUUACUUACACAGUCUGCCUCUGCAUCAAUAGCCAUGUCCACUAGUCUGGCAGUGAUAGCUGAAGAAUUUCAGAGGUCACAUGUAUCAAUAUCGGAUUUCCCUAGUCCCUUUUUGGCCCCCACACCUCAACAGACAUUUGCUGGCCGGCCCACACCCUCCUCCAGCACAGUGACACAACCUACCGAACACACAGCACCCACUUUGCGGAGAAGAAUACUUGACGACCCAACCAGCAUUGUUCCCUCUGGAGAUCAAUUGUGAAUACAAUACACCACACCGGAGAAGUCUGAAGUUCCCCAGACAGUUUCAGUUUAGAGAAAAUAUUUUAAUGUUGAACAUGUACAUGUAAUGUUUUAUACUGUGCAAUUGUUUAUAAAUACAGUUUUUUAUAUAUAUAUAUAUAUAUAUAUAUAUACAUACAGGUUGAGUAUCCCUUAUCCAAAAUGCUUGGGACCAGAGGUAUUUUGGAUAUGGGAUUUUUCCGUAUUUUGGAAUAAUUGCAUACCAUAAUGAGAUAUCAUGGUGAUGGGACCUAAAUCUAAGCACAGAAUGCAUUUAUGUUACAUCUACACCUUAUACACACAGCCUGAAGGUCAUUUUAGCCAAUAUUUUUUAUAACUUUGUCCAUUAAACAAAGUGUGUCUAAAUUCACACAAUUCAUUUAUGUUUCAUAUACACCUUAUACACACAGCCUGAAGGUCAUUUAAUACAAUAUUUGUAAUAACUUUGUGUAUUAAACAAAGUUUGAGUACAUUGAGCCACAGAAAACAAAGAUUUCACUAUCUCACUCUCACUCAAAAAAGUCCGUAUUUCGGAAUAUUCCGUAUUUCGGAAUAUUUGGAUAUGGGAUACUCAACCUGUAUAUAUAUAUAUAUACAUAUCUUCUAAUAUAUUGAUAAAAUU